ACGCAGUGCACCGGCUGAGGCUAUCGACCUUCCCACAGUUACUUGAAAUAACUGUUAAGUUGUUGGAAAUAACUUUGUGCUUAAGCAGAGAGCAGGGCAACCGGUGGCUCAGGCCAGUCGCGCAUGACCACGGGACUCGAUCGCAAUUCCCACUUUAUCGUACAUAGGCAAACUUCUUACAGAAAAUGUGUGAAUUAUUAGUCCUUGUUUUGACUUUGUGCUCUUUUUUGUUGCGCACAACCGAUUGCACAUCCAGUUUUGAUCAGAGACAAACGGGAGAUCUAAAUGUACAAAUUGGUUUGAAGAACAUUAAUAUCAUUGCUCUACUAAAAGGUGGAAAAGAAGAAUAUGUGGAUUAUGAUUACGCGUACGAUUACUCAGAAAUGACGAUAAAACCGCAGAACGGUACAACACCAAAACCGUUAAACGCAGCAAACACAACAAUAAACAUUGAGACGCAACACAAUGCGAGUACUUCGACGACAGCUUUACCUGACCGGACUACAGAAGAAUUCAAAAAUAGUACUGUUGUUAGUAUGGAGGUAACUGAACCAGCGUUGAAUCAGACUAUUAACACCGAUGUUGUUACAACGCUACCGCCGAUUGUGGCUGUCCCUACGACAAUAAUUCCAGAAUCUUUAAAUAUCACGAACGAAGCAAUUUCACAAGUAAAGAAUAAAUGCAGACGAGGAUUUUUCCAAAAUAAUGAAGGAAAAUGUGAAUAUAAAGUACAUGGGACGUCGAAUGCAUUACGCAGGAUUGUAAAGCUUGCUCAAAAAAUCAAAAUAGGAAGACAGUAUGGAGGUCCAUAAAGGCUGUAGGAAGUUUUUGUAAGAGCUCCCUUUCAUAUCAACCUAUAAAGAGACAAUUUGUGUAGCUCAUUACAGGUACCUGGCUCUAAAACCUGUAUUAUGGAAGUAAUAUUAGAAUGGUGAACUAAAUGUAUUUCUGCUAAAAUACUGGAAGAUGCUAUGCUAGGUAUAUUUAAAUAAAUACAUUGUAUGUGAGACUGUAUAAUAAAUAAGUUUUGAAUUAUGUUCAAA